AUGGGGAGAGACAGAGGGGGAAGGAACAGGGGGGAGGACAGAGGGGGAGAGACAGAGGGGGAAGGACAGAGGGGGAGAGACAGAGGGGGAAGGACCGAGGGGGAGAGACAGAAGGGGAAGGACAGAGGGGGAGGUACAGAGGGGGAGGGGCAGAGAGGGAGAGACAGAGGGGGAGAGCGUUUACUUCCCUCACUCGGGGUCCCCGUCGCUCUCACUUCCCCCGAAUUGUUUACACCCCUCUUUAUCUUGCCCGACCUCCCUUUCUCCCACCAGCUCUAUUUACCCCCCAACCUAUUCUCCUUUGCCUCACCUGCUUUCCCCCUCCCUCCUCCAUGCUUCCCCACUCCCUCCUCCCUGCUUCCCCCCUCCCUCCUCCCUGCUUCCCCCCUCCCUCCUCCCUGCUUCCCCCCUCCCUCCUCCCUGCUUCCUCCCUCCCUCCUCCCUGCUUCUCCCCUCCCUCCCCCGUGCUUCCUCAAUCCCUCCUCCGCGCUUCCCCCCUCCCUCCUCCCUGCUUCCUCCCUCCCUCCUCCAUGCUUCCCCCCUCCCUCCUCCCUGUUUCCCCCCUCCCUAUGCCCUGCUUCCCCCCUCCCUCCGCCCUGCUUCCCCCCUCCUUCUGCCAUGCAUUCCCCCUCCCUCUGCCCUGCUUCCCCCACCCUCCGCCAUGCUUACCCCCAUCCACAGAUAGGUGAGCGCCACACACCAGGUGAGCCAUCGCUUUCCCCAUGUGCCUCUCCUCUCCCUCCCGUGUACCCCUCCUCUCUCGGGCACACCCUUUGUCUCCACUCCCACCUGCUCCUGCUCCUUCCCUCUCCACAAUCCCAUGCCUCCAUUUUCCCCGCACACACCGGCAUUCCCCCCCACAGACCGCCCUCCGGGAUGGGACAGAGGAGGAGAGACAGGGGCGGAGGGACAGAUGGGGGGAGAGACAGAGGGGGGAAGGGACAGAAGGGGAGGGACAGAGGGGGAGGGACAGAGGGGGGAAGGGACAGAAGGGGAGGGACAGAGGGGGAGGGACAGAGGGGGGGAGGGAUCGAUGGGGUGAGUGCCAGAGGUGGGGGAAAACAGAGGGGGAGGGAAAGGAGGGGGGAAGGACAGAGGGGAAGGGACAGAGGAGGGGGACAGAGGGGGGGAGGGUUAGAGGGGGAGGGACAGAAGGAUAGGGACAGGGGGGGGGAGACAGAGAGGGGGAGGGACGGAGGGGGGGAGGGUAUCGUUCCUGCCUUUUCCCAUUUGCCCUCUCCCGAAGAAAACCUAGUCUCCCAUCACGAGGGGGGGGAAGGAGGGGUGAGCAAGGGGGGAAAGGAGGGGAAUCAGAGGGGGAGAGGAGGGGAAGCAAGGGGGAAAAGGAGGGAAGCAUGGGGGGAAAGGAGGGAAGCAUGGGGGGAAAGGAGGGGUGAGCAAGGGGGGGAAAUGAGAGGAAGCAAGGGGGGGAAAGGAGGGGAAGCAAGGGGGGGAAAGGAGGGGAAUCAGGAGAAUCCGCGCCUCAUCCCCUUCCGCGCCUCAUCCCCUUCCGCGCCUCAUCCCCUUCCGCGCCUCAUCCCCUUCCGCGCCUCAUCCCCUUCCGCGCCUCAUCCCCUUCCGCGCCUCAUCCCCUUCCGCGCCUCAUCCCCUUCCGCGCCUCAUCCCCUUCCGCGCCUCAUCCCCUUCCGCGCCUCAUCCCCUUCCGCGCUUCAUCCCCUUCCGCGCCUCAUCCCCUUCCGCGCCUCAUCCCCUUCCGCGCCUCAUCCCCUUCCGCGCCUCAUCCCCUUCCGCGCCUCAUCCCCUUCCGCGCCUCAUCCCCUUCCGCGCCUCAUCCCCUUCCGCGCCUCAUCCCCUUCCGCGCCUCAUCCCCUUCCGCGCCUCAUCCCCUUCCGCGCCUCAUCCCCUUCCGCGCCUCAUCCCCUUCCGCGCCUCAUCCCCUUCCGCGCCUCAUCCCCUUCCGCGCCUCAUCCCCUUCCGCGUCUCAUCCCCUUCCGCGCCUCAUCCCCUUCCGUGCCUCAUCCCCUUCCGCGCCUCAUCCCCUUCCGCGCCUCAUCCCCUUCCGCGCCUCAUCCCCUUCCGCGCCUCAUCCCCUUCCGCGCCUCAUCCCCUUCCGCGCCUCAUCCCCUUCCGCGCCUCAUCCCCUUCCGCGUCUCAUCCCCUUCCGCGUCUCAUCCCCUUCCGCGUCUCAUCCCCUUCCGCGUCUCAUCCCCUUCCGCGCCUCAUCCCCACCACGCGCCUCAUCCCCACCACGCGCCUCAUCCCCACCAGAUAAAUUAG